AUGAAGCUGAAGGAUGGAUCAACCCUCAUUGCUCGUCAGGUGUCCUCGAUAUUCUCUCGUAUGACAAUAGCCGAUCUUGGGAUUGACAUUCAAUUGGGACUUGACAAGCGUAUCUAUGUCACGCUGAAUCCAAGCUUGCAAGGAAAGGUAAGUGGGCUGUGCGGCAAUUACAACAACAAACAAAUAGACGACUUCACCACUUCCAGUGGUGUGAACGCUAAAGCCAACAUCAACAAGUUCGGUAACUCCUGGAAAGUCAGCCUUCACUGUGGUGACGUAGAGGAGAAGAACCUACGACCUUGCGACCUGAAAUCCCAGCAACGACCCCUGGCCGAGGAGAUUUGCCGUAAACUCCGAGAAGAGCCUUUUGCUAGCUGUAACCAAGAGAUCCCAGUUGAUAAGUACGUUGAGCAAUGCGAGCAGGAUGUAUGUGGCUGCCCUCCUAGCGACAAGGAAUGCCAGUGCCUAGCCUUUGCUACCUAUGCUCGGGAGUGUUCUGUGGCUGGGUUUGACUUCUUGUGGAGAGGCCUCCAUAACUGUCCCAUAAAGUGUCCAGUUGGCCAGGUUUACAAGAUGUGUGGUUCAAAUUGUCACGUGAAUUGCAAAGAUUUCUUGACACAACAACCUUGCCACGAGGAGUGUGUAGAAGGCUGCCAAUGUCCAGAAGAUAAAGUUCGAGAUGACGAAUCAGGACAGUGUGUAAAAGUUGAUUACUGCCCAUGCAUAGUUGACGGUAUCGUGUACCAAUCUCAUCAGUCUUGGAAGAAAGGAUGCAAUGACUGUUUUUGUUCUUCGGGGACACACACCUGCACAGAGCUCGACUGUUCAACUUAUGAGACUUGUGCCGAUGGUAUGGAAUGGAUUCCCUGUCUGCAAUGUGAGAGAACCUGCCAAAGUGCCAACAAGGCAUGUAGUAUCCGAAGCGGCUGUACCCCUGGGUGUGGAUGUCCGAAAGGUCUAGUCUUACACAAAGGAUCGUGCAUAGAUGUCUCGGAUUGUACUUGCGAGUACAAUGAUAAAAGCUACAAGCCUUUCGACACCACUGCAAUGGAUUGCCAUACGUGCAUGUGUCACACUGAUUACCGAUGGAUCUGUGACGAAGACCAAUGUCCAUCUACUUGCCGGUCAUAUGGAGAGUCGCAUUUCCAAACACUGGACGCAAAAUGGUAUUCAUUUCAAGGCAACUGCGAAUACACCUUGGUGGAAAAUUUCUGCGGUGGGUCCAACGUUGAGGGGUUCUUCCGAGUCACGAUCGAAAACGUUCCUUGUGGUAGAAAUGGGGUAACUUGCACCAAGGCAGUGAAGUUCACACUUCAUGACACCACAAUCCAUCUGGUUAGAGGAGCAGAGUAUACUGUAGCCAAGGAUCCCAGAGUAACCACAAAAGCCCGAUUUAAGAUGGAAGAUGCUGGGCUCUUUCUUGUCAUCAAGACAGCUGAAGGAAUCCUGUUGAAAUGGGACUAUGGCACAAGUGUGUUAGUGACCCUGGAUCCAUCGCACGCAGGACAAGUGUGUGGUCUUUGCGGUAACUUCAACGGGGACUCAUCUGAUGAUUUCUACACAAGAUCCGGUGCAAUGGAAUCUUCGCCACAACUAUUUGGUAGAAGUUGGAGAACCUCAGAAAACUGCCCAGAUCCUAAAGAACUGACCUUGCCGUGCAAAUCGGAGCCUCAUCGAAGAGCUUGGGCUGAGUCUGUUUGCAGCAUAAUCAAGAAGUCCAUCUUUGCUUCAUGUCACAACCUUGUUGACUCUGAACCUUUCUUCCAAGCGUGUGUCUCAGACACCUGUUUCUGCGACAGAGGGGCUGACUGUGAGUGCAUGUGCACUGCCGUCACAGCAUACGCAACCGCUUGCAAUGAAAACAACGUUGCAAUCGCGUGGAGGGCAGAGGGAUACUGUCGACAGGGACAGGGUAAGUGA